CUUGCUUUACAGUUCACAAACGAAACACUGCAUCUCCAAUAUCCCUGCAACACAAAUCUAAAUUGUGUGUUCGAGAGUGUGAGCAUGAGUACCCCAGCUGUUCGACAUGUUUCAGAAUGCUUCGUCAAGCCCCACCAUCCCACCCAACUACCUGGUCCUAAUCAAAUCUGCCAUUUAACACAUUGGGAUAUUGCUAUGUUGUCUAUCCAUUAUAUCCAGAAGGGUCUACUCUUCAAGAAGCCCGAUCAACAUGAUUUCAUUGAGAGUCUGUUGGACAAACUCAAGCACUCUCUUUCUCUCACCCUCUCCCACUUCUAUCCACUGGCUGGUCGCUUUGUUACGCACAAAACACAAGACCCUCCCUCUUAUGCUCUUUUAGUUGAUUGCAACAACACUGACGGAGCCAAGUUCGUCUAUGCGACUUUGGACAUGACCAUAUCUGACAUCCUUUCUCCCGUUCAUGUUCCACCAAUUGUUCACUCAUUCUUUGAUCUCCACAAAGCAGUCAACCAUGAUGGUCACACCAUGCCACUCUUGCCCAUCCAAGUCACUGAACUAGUCGAUGGUGUUUUCCUAGGUUGUUCCCUGAACCACGCUAUUGCCGAUGGCACUUCUUAUUGGAAUUUCUUCAACACAUGGUCUCACAUCUUUCAAGCCCAAGCUCAAGGGAAUGAAUACGAUGUUCCCGUUUGGCACCAACCCAUUCACAAUCCUUGGUUUCCAAAUGAUUGUCGUCCACCAAUCAAUCUUCCAUUCAAACACCAUGACGAGUUUGUCAACAGAUUUGAAGCACCCUUGCUGAGAGAGAGAAUCUUCCACUUUUCAGCAGAGUCUAUUGCGAAACUAAAAGCAAAGGCGAACUCAGAGUCCAACACCACCAAAAUCUCAUCAUUCCAGUCAUUAUCAGCACUUGUAUGGAGAUCCAUAACUCGUGCACGGUCCUUACCUUACGAGCAAAGAACAAGUUGCAAGUUGGUCGCAAACAAUCGUUCAAGAAUGGAACCGCCUCUGGCUGAGGAAUACUUUGGAAACUCGAUUCAUUCACUGAGUGUGGAAACAAGCGCAGGGGAAUUGGUUGAGAAUGAUUUAGGAUGGACAGCAUGGAAGUUACACGUGACUGUUGCGAACCACAAUGGCGGAGAGGUGAUGCAAUUUCUGCAAGAGUGGCUACAAUCUCCUUUCAUAUUUAAACUUGGUCGUUUGUUUGAGCCAUACUGUGUGGUGUUGGGUAGCUCUCCGAGGUUCAAUGUGUAUGCGAAUGAGUUUGGAAUGGGGAAAGCAGUGGCAGCUAGAAGUGGGUAUGGUAACAAAUUUGAUGGGAAAGUGACAUCAUACCCAGGCCAUGAAGGAGGGGGAAGCAUUGAUUUAGAAGUGUGUCUCUCGCCACAAAAUAUGAGUGCGCUGGAAUCAGAUGAAGAGUUCAUGAGUGCAGUUUCCAAGUCCAAUCCUUUCUACUAGUUUACUGAUGCGUCCGUGCCUGACCAAAGUGUUUAAAAUAAGAUAAUUUGUAUUUCAAUAAUGUGUUUUAUUUCAUUCAAAGGAGAAAUAUCAUUUUAGUAAUGGGUAUUAGUUGAAAUAUGUAACACAAGUCAGCAUAAAAUCGUGAGUUUAGAUGUUUUCAUGUGAAAUUUCAUUUUACUGAAAUCUCUUUUAAUUAAAAAUAAGAGAGAAAUUUUAAAUA